GCUUAUAAAAGUUAACGUCAUUAGGUUUCAAUUUCAAAAGCUCUAUUAAGAUUUUUUUACUAUCAAAGUAGAGUCUAGAUCUAGACAACCUAGAUUAGAUCUAGUUAGCUAAAAACUAUUAGAGCUGUAUAACUGGCACUGCAGACCUCCACUCUAUUUUCCCACUAAAAAAGUCAGUUCUAAUGUUUUUCAAGACUGUAAUUAAUAGACUGUAAUUAUCACUUAAGAUUUUUUUCUUAGACAGUUGAGAUUAAAUUUGAAAUUAUUUUUCUUUCAUGUUCUGCCUUAGCUUAUUUUUUAUUAAACUAAAUAGCAACAAUAAAUAAUUGUAAAAAAUACAUCUUUAUUACAAAUGGAUAUAAACAAAACAAAUCAGUUACAUAAUUUCUCUAUAACUUGCCAAUCAUUACCAAGUUUAGCUUCACAUUAAAAAAUAAUAGUCUAUAAAUAUUAUCCUAAUCUAUAAUGGAUCCUGAAACUGUAAAAGAUGGGUCAGGCCAAAUAAUUUGCAAUAGAACUAGAGAACUCUCACUGGAAGAACAAUCCAGACUUUUAUCUGACACAAAUUGUGUUUCUGAAUUCAAACAAAACAAACUGGAGCUAGAAGCACAGAAAAACUGGGACCUUUUUUAUAAAAGAAAUACCACAAAAUUUUUUAAAGAUCGUCAUUGGACUAAAAGAGAAUUUGAAGAGUUGGCAUCUAGUUCAACUGACACUGGAAAGACACUGGUACUUUUUGAAGUUGGAUGUGGUGUUGGCAAUUUCAUUUUUCCACUACUGGAAGAUGGUUCUAAUCUCUUCGUUUUUGCCUGUGAUUUUUCGCAAAGAGCUGUAGAUUUUGUUAAGAGCCACUCAAGCUUUGACUCAAAUCAUUGUACAGUUUUCCAAGCAGACAUAACAAAAGAUGACUCCACAGCCACAGUCCCAAUGGAGACAGUGGAUAUUGCAACAAUGAUAUUUGUUUUGUCUGCCAUUCAUCCUGAUAAAAUGAUUAAGAGCAUUAUAAAUGUAGCGAAGGCUUUAAAACCAGGUGGCCAUAUUUUAAUAAGAGACUAUGGUCUAUAUGAUCAUGCCAUGUUGAGGUUUUCCAAAGGGCACAAGUUGUCAGAUUGUUUUUAUGUCAGGCAAGAUGGAACCAGAGCAUACUAUUUUUCCUUAGCACAUCUUUCCUGCUAUGCGUGCUCAGUAUGCUAUGGCUUAAUGUGGGCAUGUGAGAGGAGAAGGUAUCUUGAAGAAUGUUUCCACCCUGCUUUAAGAACAGUUGAGAAGUGUCAUGGAACAAGCUGGACUUCAGACAGUCAACACAACCUACAUUCAAAGAUCUACAGUGAAUAUAAAAGAAGGCAUUGAUGUGCCAAGGAUAUUUGUUCAAGGCAAAUUUCUUAAACCUUUCCCCACUCAAAGUACAUCUGGACUCAGCUGACAGUAAAAAUAAAUGAAAUAAAAAGUUACAUCUCAA